CCUCACUUCCGCGUAGGGAAUUUUGGGGUGGGGAGCCUUGAUCUGAAGGGGCAGCCUCAAGUGAGCCGAGGGAGGAGUCAAAGGACCCGGUGACCUCUUCAUCAACCUAAUUGCUUGAACUCCUGCCUAUUAUCCCUGACCACAGUCAUGCCUCGAGGUCAGAAGAGCAAGCUCCGUGCCCGGGAGAAACGCCGCCAGGCCCGUGGUGAGACCCAGGGUCUGGAGGGUGCUCAGGCUACUGCGGCAGAAGGAGAGUCCCCCUCGUCUGCCUCUCCUCCCCUUGGGGGCGAGCCUCAGAAUUUGCCUGCUGCUGAGACACCUAGCACUCCUGUGGCACCUCAGGGAACCCCAUCUACCACCAACACUACUGCAGCUGUUUCAUGCAGCGAUUCAGAUGAAGAUACCGACAGCCAAGAUGAGGAAAACCCCAGAUCCUCCAAGGGCACUAAGGGUUGGCGCAGAGAUCCUUUAAAGAAGAAGGUGGUUUCCAUGGUGCAGUUCCUGCUGCAGAAGUAUCAAAAGAAAGAGCCAAUUACAAAGGCAGACUUGCUGAAGUUAAUUACCAAAAAGUACAAGUCUCAUUUCAAUGAGAUCCUCAGGAGAGCCUCUGAGCACAUGGAGCUGGCCUUUGGUGUUGAUUUGAAGGAAGUGGAUCCCAUCAGGCACUGCUAUGCCCUUCUCAGCAAACUGGAUCUCACCUCCGACGGAACGACGAGUGAUGAAGAGAACAUGCCCAAGACUGGCCUCCUGAUGAUUGUGCUGGGUGUGAUCUUCAUGAAAGCCAACUGUGCCCCCGAGGAGGAGGUCUGGAAAGUGCUGAAUUUGAUGGGUGUAUAUGCUGAUAGGAAGCACUUCAUCUAUGGGGAGCCCAGGAAGAUCAUCACCGAAGAUUUGGUGCAGCUAAAGUACCUGGAGUACCGGCAGGUGCCUGACAGUGAUCCUCCACGCUAUGAGUUCCUGUGGGGCCCAAGAGCCCACGCUGAAACCAGCAAGAUGAAAGUCCUGGAGUUUUUAGCCAAGCUUCAUGAUACCGUCCCUAGCGCCUUCCCAUCCUGGUAUGCAGAGGCUUUGCGAGAUGAGGAAGAGAGAGCCCGAGCCAGAGCUGCAGCCAGGGCUCGUACUGCUGCCAUGGCCAGUGCACGUUCCCAGGCUACGGCCAGUGCACGUUCCAGGGCCACGGCCAGCAGCUCCUCCCACACUAAGUGAAGUCUGAGUCUGGUUUCUCACUUUUUGGUUGAAAAGGUUAUAUUUCAAAUGUUGAAGUCUGAGGCAGUUUGUUUUCUUUGUGGAAGAAAAGAGCAGUUGACAUUCUAAGAAGUGGAUGGCCUGGGUGGGUCUGGUGGGAACACAGUAUAUAUCAUCUUUGCAUUCUUGUUCUAUGUGGUAAACUUAGAGUUCUUUCUUUCUUUCCCUUUCUUCCUUCCUUCCUUCCUU